UCAUUUUUGAUGAUUUUUUAUUUUAAUUGAUGGAAUUUUAGGUUUUUCUUCCGUCUGUUGGAUUUUUCUUCUUUUUUUUUGGUGCAUAGCGUUAGGUAAAAUUACAAUUAAAGUGCAAUAAUUGAUUUAAUAAAAAUUGAAUAAGUCAAUAGUCUUUUGUAACAUCAAAUUUCAAUUUGUGCAAAUUGAUUAAAAGUUAAAUACAAAUUUAUUUAAGCACUAAAACUGCAGUCGUGUCGUGGUGGUUUUAUUUAAGUAAAUAAUUUAUUGUCAAUAAAGCAAGGUCCAUCUAUGUAGAACACUUUUAGGCAUUCUUCCCUUCUCUAAAAACAAUUCAUAAGAUUUUCACUCGACUUGACAAUCGACUUCACUUUUCACUUGUUGUGCCGAAACGAAAACGGGUCAUCCUAGGAGCAGAAUCAAAACCAUUUAAAAAAUGUCAACGCGAACAACAAGAAGUAAAGCCCUUGCACCACCAUCUAAACCACCACAAAAACAACAAGCGUCUAUCAAAAAAUAUCUCUUAAAUAACAAAAAACCAAUUCGGACAGCUGAAUUAGAUGAAGAAGUAGACUUCAUUCUCACCGAAGCCGAAGCAGAAGCAGAAGCUCCAACUGAACAUUAUGUCUUGACCGAAUUCAAAAAUGAUGACGAGGAGCAAGAGAAUGAAAUUAAUUUUGUACUUAGUGAUAAUUUUAAUGUUGCAAGCGAAGGAGAAGGCCCUGUCGCCGAAUGUACUGAAGAAAUUCAAAUCGAAGAAGACGCAGAAGGCAACGAAGUCGAUAAUGAUGAUGACCUCGAUGCAAUGGUUGUUAGGACACAAGAAAUUGUCGAACAUGUUUGUGGCAAAUGUUUUAAAUCAUUUCGAACUAUCAAGGCUCUUAAGCGACAUAUUGCUUUUUGCAUAUUUACCGCUGAAUUAGUAUCACGAAGAGAAGAGAUGCUGCGGAAUAUAGAUAAAAUAGAAAUGGAAUCCUUGCACAUGCAUAAAAAAGAUAUUUGCUUUUGCUGUGGUGAUAGCUACGAUACAUGUCAUGGUGGUCACAUUAACUGUGCCGAUUGUCCAAAAACAUUCAAAACUCAACUGAGUUUGGAGCGUCAUAUGUUUUUAAUUCAUUCGGAGAAAAAUGAUUUUCCUUGUGCAAUAUGCAAUGGAAAAAUUCGAACAGCAGCCUUAUUAGAACUUCAUAUGGAUCAGCAUAUGUCACGUGGCAAGCCAUUUGCAUGUAAAACCUGUGGCAAAGAUUUCACUAGACAUUAUCACUUGAAAAGGCAUUUGAACUUUUCGACUUGUGGUGGAAAAAAAGCUGAUACCAUAGCUUGUAAUGUUUGUAAUAAAGAAUUUGCUCGGUUGGACAAUUUACGUUCACAUUUGAAAUCGCAUUUGGGCCAAGGGCCAACAGCUAAGAAAACAGAUUAUAUGUGUCCAUGUUGCAAAAAGUGUUUUUACAGUUUAUCAACACUGAAUAUUCAUAUUCGAACCCACACUGGAGAGAGGCCUUUUGAUUGUGAUCUUUGUGAUAAAAACUUUCCAUCUUUGGUUGCUUUGAAAAAGCAUAGGAGGUUUCAUACAGGCGAGAAACCAUAUACUUGUUCGGUGUGCAAAUCAACAUUUGCUGUUAAAGAAGUCCUCAAUAGACAUAUGAAACGUCAUACUGGAGAAAAACCGCAUGGCUGUGAUGAAUGCGGUAAACGUUUCAUACAAGCUACCCAAUUAAAAAAUCAUCUCCGUACGCAUUUAAGGCCUUAUGAAUGCGCAGAAUGCCCUCAGAAAUUCAAAACUGCAAUUCAAUUAGAAAAACAUCUGAAAUCACAUAGAAAUCCAAAGCGAAAAGGUACCCAACCCAAGACCGAUGCAAACUCAGCUAAAAGAAAACAAAGCAAAGAAUACAAUUGCGAAGAUUGUAAUGUUAGCUUUCGAACUAUUUCGGCAUUUUUGCGUCACGAGGUUUCUAAUGACCAUAUGGAGAAUGCAAAAAAACGGUGCCUUAUAUGCAAUACGGAACACAAGAACACAAAAGCCCUUCAAUUUCAUAUGCUCAAGUACCAUGAAACUCCAUCCGACAAUGAGACAAAUUUGAAGGACCAAAAGGCCGAUGAAGAGGUUAAGACAGAAUCUGAAGAUGUUGUUAUUGAAGAAUACGUUAUUGACACCAUCCCAGAGCUAGAAGAAAAAGACCUUGCUGAAACACCCACUGUUCAGAGCUACACCAUCAUCGCAAAAAGUAAUGAGCUUUCUGCAGAGUCUGCCAAACCACCUCUCAAAACAAAGACCAAAGCCACUCUUAGAUCUGAACUUAGAAAGUCCAUGGCGGAAUGUUUACGUGAUCCAAGCUCAAACAAGCAAGACUCGGCUGCAAGCAAGGAAGAAAAGGAAAUAACUGAAAAUGUUGGAAAGUUACUUGACAUGUUGGUGGAUGCUGAGACACUCACCAAGUUCGGUUGGCCCAAGGAUUCUGUUGAAAAGGUCCUUUGUAAAGUUAUCGAGAAUUGUGGAUAUGAUAUUUCGCUGCAAGUAUUCACCGAUGAUUAUUGCACCAGAAUGAGGGAGUAUGUUAAGUUACUCUUUACAGUUGUUAUACAAAAUGAUACUAUUAAGGAAUUAUUGAAUAAUUAUCCCAUCGAUGAGGUAAUUGAGUUUGUUCUUACAAAUGAAAACGAUGAUGAUGAUUGAACAAAGUGGACAUUUUUUGUAAAUAAUUUAAAAAAAAAGAAUCAAGAAAUAUAAAAGUUUAUUUUAUGUUAAUGUUUAAAAAAAAGAAUUAUGUGGACUUUGAGUAAUGUUUAAAUAUUUUUAAAUACAAUUUUUUUAGGUAUUUUUAUAGAUAUAGAGAAAUAAAUAUAUUUUACUUAAUGUGAA